UUGAUUUUAUUAAUAUUCACAGGUUUCUUAGAAGUAUGGAGCAAAAUUCUUUGGAAAUUUGUGACACUGAAGUCCAAAAGGGCAGUAAGGUCGAUGGAGUCUGCAAAAGAUUUUGUGAUGUAGAUUCACCAAAAGUUGUUCGUCAUCCUCUUCAGGCCCUGAAUAGCCCUGUUUUAGUUAAUCCAAAGAUUCAGUCUUCAGUUACAGUGACACCAUACAGAUACCAUGGCUGUAGAGUCAUUCCUGAGGAAAUUGAAAAUCAGGAGAACAUAGACCCCAAACAUUUAUUCCAGUCAGACUCUGAUUAUGCUGUGCAGAAGACUAAAGAUCCUAGCAGUGUUGAUAGAUCUCCAAACACUUCUUCACCCUUUACAUAUCCUCUGAUAUUUGAAGGCUGCCAUUUAUCUUCAUCCUCUUCUUCUUCUUCUUAUAAAUCUACCUUGGGACAGUCAGGCAGUCAUCAUGAAGUCAGUAAUUGUCUUUACGACAGUCCAAAGACUUCUUUCUCCACGCCUAGGGGAAAGUCAGUUGUUAUGGGGAGCUACGCAGAGCAUUCUCAUUCAUCAAGAGCUGGGAAUGAAGUAGAAGGUUGUGAAAUGCUACACAGUAAGCUGAUAUCUAAUAGUGGCCAUUGUAUCGCUAACACUGGUUGGACAUUAACCAGAGGAAUAGUUUCGAGUAACAGCUCACUGAGUAGUAGUAGUGGGGCAAGUCACAAGAAUGUGGUAACUCCUUCUAAAUCAUCAUGUUCUUCGGGGUUGUCUGACAGAUCAGUAUUUCAAACGCCUUCUGAAACCUACAGCAGUAGCAGCAGUGACAAUAGAGUAGUGACCCCGCAACAGCGUUGUAAAGGCUAUCAGCGAAUGUUGAAUCCCUUUGAUGUCGGUGUUGACCAUCUACAUCUACCUACUGUCAGUCCAUCUUUGUUCCGACAAGUUGUGUCUCCUGGAAAAAAAGUUUAUGAGAACUUUAAGUGGUCCAUUGAUGAACUCGCACUAUUGAAGCCUGUAAAUAUUGAAACCUCACCUUAUAACCAAAGUGAGAUUUUGACUGAUCCAGAGUAUGAAUCUCAAGCCCAGGCUGCUAUAGACAAGUUUUUCAGUAGGCAACCAGUUGUGCCAAGCCCUUGGACUGGAAGCAAUAAGUCAAUAAGUGUUCUUUCAAUGAACUUGGCUCCUGAUAAAGCAGUUUCUUCCAACCCAGUCCCUACCACUCGGACAAUAAGUUGCCAGACUGAAUUGUCUCUGCCUAUGGUACUCCCAGAAUCAGUUGAAGCAGCUUUAAAACCAUAUUUUACUUUCACUCAGGAUCAGGGAUGCCAAGGUAUUGCUGAAUUGGAAGAAGGUAAUAAUUUGAAUAAUACAACACUUAGACGGAAGCUCCUUUUUAGUCCAGAAGAUUUGAUGAAUGCUACACCGAUGUGCAGUCCACGGGGUACCACAAGUCCAGAGAGCAGUGCAUCUUCAUCACCUGUAGCACCCCUCCCUUUACAUGAUGAUGACGACGAUGUCAACAGUGAAUUUGAUGUUGAAGAUACUAAAAGUUUACUUUGGUGUGCUGAAGUUGUUCAGCCAUCAUUUAACAAUAUUCUGGAUCCUAGUCAGAGGCGUCAUCAACCUUCAACCCCACCUUUUCCAAGUGAACAGAUGAGCACAGAAAAUUUGGUCACAGCUUCCAGUCGACCAAGAAAAUAUGAUGGUUUUCAUUCUCCCCAGUAUGAAUCUGAACCCAUGCACUCACUAGACCUGUCUCCAGUUGAAGGUCAGACAUGCUCGAAUACAUCUCAGCGUCGUUCUCUUUCUUCACCUGAUUUAUCUCCAAUUCAGCAAAAUACAAACAUUGUCAAUACUGACUGCAGGUUCACAUCACUAAGUGAAGCUGAAAUGAGUAAUUUCAGAGGAAGAAUAUCUCUCUUGGUUCCCCCAAAUGUUGAUAGGCCUUUUACUAUUAAAUCAUUAAAUGCUGAUACUGAGAUUCAGAUGAGUCAUUUUAAAGGAGAAAAUGAUGGCAGUGCUUUUUCACAGCCAGCUUUUGAGCAAUGUGGUUUUGCUGUGAAUAUUGCUUGCAAUAAAUCAAAUGAAAACGGUUGUGAGUCUGUUGAAAAAAACCAAGGGUUUAGUGCUACUAGUCAUAAUGCUUUAGGACCGUCAAGUCCUAAAAGUGAAACAUUUGUGCAAAAGUCUAGUCCUAUGUCAGGCUCAAAAGAAAUUUCUAGAGAGAUGGUUUGGUUUGAAGCCACUCAGACUAACAGUGAUCAUGUCAGUGUCAAAGAAGCAGCGCUUUGCCAUAGAACCGUUUCUGAAGGAAAAGUAAAUGAGAAUCAGAAUCAGGAAAAGGGCAUACUCAUUCAAAAGAAAUCCCCAUCAUCCAAAGCAGACAAUAGAUCCUCUGGAAAUUCGGUACACUUCUCCUCAAGUCCUAUUCGAGAUUGUAAGACAUUUUCAUAUUCACCGCCAUUGUCUCCAAUUCUCUGCCGUUCAAUUUCGGUCCAGAGUCAAGGAGACCAGGUGAAGUCUCAAGGUCAGUAUGGACAGGACUCUCGGUAUACAAGAGGAGAUGUUUCCCAGUCAACGGUUUUAAGUGUUGAUAUGGAAGGCAAGUUAUUAGUUUUCCUAGUUCCAUGCAUGGUUUCACUAAGGAAUGAUUAUCAUCUAUAGCAAAGUUUUAUUUCGGCAUGAUUAUAUUAUUUUUGUAGAGUGAAUGCAUCUCAGUCAGAUUUAUUGCAGCUGUUAUGUGGAAUGCAUUAGCUCUUAAUGGUUUGUACAAAAAACUAGGCAACUUGCACUAAAAACUCAUAUACCUCUUGGAAUUCAUUCACUUUUGUACUAUCUUUUAGGAACAGCUUAAAAGAAGAGAAAGGAUAUUGUUAAAUGUACCAGAGUUUGCAUUGGACAUAUUCUCAAAAGCUCAUGGAAUGAUUUCAAAAGUUGAUGCAACUAUGCAUUCCUUUAGUAGUGUAGAAUUGUGUGAUUUAAAUGAAUGCAAUGUCUCUAUACCAGUAAUCACAUGAAUGCACUUUCCAGUAUUGAUAACACAUGCAAAGCUGCAUAACAAUACAUAUGUUUCACAUAAUUUCCACAGAGCUGAUUGCAGAUUUUAUUAGGUGCACAAACUAAAUGAUGAUUUGGGAUGAAUUGUACCUACUGUUAAAGAUACCUUAUAUCUUUGUGCUGAUAGGGGAAGAGGUAUGAGCUAUCUUUAGCAGUAGGUAAUAUCAAAUAAAACUUUUGCAAGAAAAAUUUAUAUUAUCUCACAUUAGGAGAGCACAACAAAACAAAUAGAUUCAUCAUGACAUAAGUCUAUCCCUCAUUCUCCUAACAACCCCUCUAAACAUGAAAUACCCUAGUAGUCUGACACAUCAGAGUUAAUAACCUAACUUGAGGUUAUUUUAGUGCAUGUUCUUUAUUUGUGUCCUUCAGUGUAUUUACUGUAAGAUUCUCAA